AUGUCCGGACGGCGUCUACUCGACGCUCUCAUAUUCCUUAAUGCUUCCCGCUCGGUGGCUAGCAAGCACAUUGCGCUUCAGAGACGGCAGCUAGAUCUUCAUAUUCGCACAUCUUCCCUAACCAAGGAGGCUAAAGUACAACUUGAUCGCAUUGCCCUUGCGCUUCAGGCGGCCUCGGAACUAGCACGCAAAUUUGAAGAGUCUCAGCCGCCCCGGACCGGUUCGUCUGGUUCCGCCGAACGGAAUGGUGAUAGUCAGCAUGGACGGAGAGAUGUGAAGGUUGGGGUUCAUAAAGACGAUAGUGGGGAGAAUGUGGAACAGGCUGAUAUAAAAAAAGGGGCAGAGAAUGUAGCCAGUAAAUCCAAUCAACGGGAAUUAAACACACAAGAAAGUGAGGGAUCACAUCAAAAUCAGGUGAAAGGUGCUGCUGGGGGUUUACAGCAGCCCAUUGAAUCGCAACAAGCAUCUAAACCGACUAGGCUAUCUGAAAAUAUUACUAGUCAGAGCGUUGAUAGCUCAAUGACCACCGAUUCUAGCGAUGAACCUUCGGAGGCGGUGAUACAGCAGCUCUUUCGAAGCCCAAGGGUUUCAAGCGUACUGACGAAAAGGGAGGGAUACAAUGAAAAACAACAUAAUAAAGAGUUUUCUCAAGUUAAUAGAGCGUCCGUCUCCCGUCCGUCGCCAUUGUACGAUAGAUUAAAUACAUCAACUUCCCAACCUACAGCAUCACCAGCUCUUUCCGAACCUCUCACAGCUCCUGGUGCCGCCAAGGAUAGCGUAAAAACACCGGAUGGUGACCUUUCGAAUGACCCUGGAAUUCCACAAAUAGAAUGUGAAAAGAUCCGCGAAAAGUCAGCAACCUCUGCAUACAGAAUGGUUGAAUCACCGGUCCCUUCGACACGUUUAGGGAGAUUUUGGGAAUACGGCGGACUAGCCACUUCGAUGGCAUUGGGAAUCGUUGGACAAAGCAUCCGUCAAGCUACUUUCGGGGACGACUCUGGCAGUGGCUCGUUGCUGUUCAGUCCAGAGAACGUGGAGCGUCUCGUCGCUAAGUUAUCUAAGAUGAGGGGUGCAGCUCUUAAGCUAGGGCAAAUGAUGAGUUUCCAAGAUGCGAAAAUGCUCCCUCCAGCUAUCCACGAAGUUCUGCAGCGUGUGCAAGAUAAAGCAAAUUAUAUGCCCAUGAAACAGAGAGACCGGGUGCUUGUCGACAACCUGGGUGAGAAUUGGCGGGAUUUGUUUGAUUCGUUUGACGAACUUCCUAUGGCGGCUGCUUCUAUAGGACAGGUGCAUAGGGCAGUGCUCAAAGAGACGGGCAAACCAGUCGCCGUCAAAAUUCAAUAUCCAGGAGUGGCAGACUCGAUCGACUCCGACCUUAACAAUCUCUCAAUUCUUCUCACAGCCUCACGUCUCUUACCCAAAGGACUAUUUCUGGACAAAACUAUAGCCAACGCCCGAACAGAACUAGCCUGGGAAUGCGACUACAUCAGAGAAGCCGAGUGCGGCCAACGAUUCCGAAACCUACUUCAAGACGACACAACCACCUUUAUUAUUCCCGCAAUUAUCCCCUCCGCUUCUGGCAAACAAGUUCUCACCAUGGAAUACCUCGAAGGCAUCCCCGUCACCCGCGCACAAAACUUCACACAAGCCCAGCGAGACUGGAUCGGCACACAGAUCCUUCGUCUCUCACUACGAGAAAUCUGCGAAUUCCGCUUCAUGCAAACGGAUCCAAAUUGGACAAAUUUCCUUUACAACGCGUCCACCAACAAAUUAGAGCUCCUCGACUUUGGCGCUUCGCGCGACUUCCCCGCCUCAUUCAUCUCCACCUACCUCCGCAUCCUGCAGGCCGCAUCCCGCAACGACCGCGAAACCUGCCGCGACCUCUCAAUCAAGCUGGGCUAUCUGACCGGUUUUGAAUCAGCAGCUAUGGUCAAUGCGCAUAUCACGUCCAUUCUCACGCUCUCAGAGCCGUUCAUGGCCUCAUCCCCUGAUGUCUAUGAUUUUAGUGACCAGACGAUUACGGACCGCGUGCGCGAGAUGAUUCCGCUGAUGUUGCGGGAGAGGCUGGCUCCACCUCCGGAGGAGACGUAUAGCUUGCAUCGGAAGCUUAGUGGGGCGUUUUUGCUUUGUGCUAGGCUUGGGAGUAGGGUGCGGUGCAAGGAGUUGUUUGAGAAUGCGUUGGAGAAAGUGGAGUGGGUUGAUGAUGGAGAUUAA